UUAUUUGCACGAAAGUGGAUCACAGGUGGCAGUGACUCUCAACAGAUGAGCCUCAACAACAUCAAGAUGCUCCGCUAUUAUUUCAAAUCCUUCAAUAACUAUAUUAUUAAUUAAACAUUCCUCAGAUUAAACUUUAAACCUCUCCUAGCCAUCCCUUUCGAGGUCACUGCUGCUCGCCCGUUGGUACCGCCUUUUUAUCCCAAUCCAUAACGACACCGACCCCCACAACCCCCAAGCCGACACCCUCCCGACACCUUUAUUAACCACACGGCUGUAAUCCGCUGACCAAAUGGACCCACCAAAGGCUAAUUCUAAUCAAACGGCCGUCCUUCGCUUCCCUUGCCCUUGCUGCAAUCCCGAACAGUAACGUAACGCAUCGUGUUUUCGUAACGCCGGGUCCUUCACGUACGCCAAGAAUUACAAUACCCUUUCUCUCUCUCUCUCUCUCCCCCCUCACCCUCUCUUUACACUGUUCUCUGUUCUCUGUUCUCUGUUCUCAUUCUCCACUCUCCACUCUCACCUCAAGAGAAUCUCUCUCUCAGAGACUGAGCGAGUGAGUCAUGGAUCUCAAAGUCCCACCUUUCCUUGUCAUCUUGAUACCCCUUCUAUUAUCCUACAUUGGGACCGGCGGCGACGCCGCCCACUCCACCGCCUCCUCCCCCUCGCCGAGCCCGAGACCCUCGCCGGUCGCCCGGGGCCCCGCCCCUCCGGUGACCGGCGGCGGGAGGUCGACUCUGGACCCUAGGCAGCUGACGGCCCUCCAGUCGAUCGGGCUCUCCACCACCCGGGACCCCUGCGCCCUCCCCUCGCCCCACGACAACGCCACCGCCUGCGACAGCGCGUCCCCCUUCCGCCACCUCGUCUCCCUUCGCCUCGCCAACUGCUCCCCGGACGUCGACCUCUCCCCCACCGCCCUCAGCGCCCUCUACACCCUCCGCUCCCUCUCCCUCCUCCGCUGCCCCAUCCCCGCCCCCCGCCGACUCCCCGCCUCCCUCGCCUCCUCCCUCCGCUCCUUCUCCUGCGUCUCCUCCCUCCGCCGCCUCAACGGCGUCAUGCUUUCCCGCCUCGAGAACCUCACCGACCUCGUCGUCGUCGACGUUCCCGUCUCCGCAUCCGGCCCCGCCGUCGUCCUUUCCCAGAUGCACCACCUCCGCUCCCUCACGAUCUCCCGCGCCAACCUCUCCGGCCGCCUCCCCCACCACUGGCACACCCUCGACCUCGUCCACCUCGAUCUCUCCUCCAACUCCCUCAAAGGCUCCAUCCCCAGCACCAUCUCCGUCCUCGGCUACCUCCAGACCCUCAAUCUCAGCUCCAAUGCCCUCACCGGCACCCUCCCCGACUCGAUCGGCGACCUCAUCUUCCUCAAAAACGCUACUUUUUCGCAGAACUCGCUCUCCGGCCCGAUCCCGAACUCAAUCUCCCAGCUUUCGAACCUCACCCACCUAGAUCUGAGCUCGAACCAGCUCAAUGGCAGCAUCCCGAGGUUCUUGUCCGAGAUGAAGGAGCUAAAGUUCCUAAAUUUGGAGAACAACAGCUUCCAGGGAGCAAUCCCCUUCAAUGCCACCUCCAUUAAAAGGCUUGAGUUCUUCAAGGUGGGCGGUAACAGCAAUCUCUGCUACAAUCACACCCUGCUUUCUUCUAAGAUGAAGCUCGGGAUCGCACCCUGCGACAAAUACGGCCUGCCGGUGUCGCCGCCACCCGACAAGUCCUCUAAGUCGGACUCGGACUACUCCGACGACGAUGGCGAAGAUGAUGACAAUGAGAAUGAAAAGAAGAGAAGCGGAGGUCACCAUGGGCCGAGCAAGCUUGUUCUUGGGGUGGCGAUCGGGCUGUCGUGCUUGGUCUUCUUGGUGAUCUUCCUGGUUUGCCUCUCCAGGAUGUGCGGAUGAGAAUUAGAGGAUUGAGCGGAGGAAGAAGAACUGUAAUGGCUUUAAAGUUUUUUUUUUUUUUUUCUUUUUCCGGUGAAUUAGAGUUGGGUUGAUGGUUUUAGAGCUAUUCUUUGUUACUUUGUUUUCUUCUGUUAUGGGUUUUGUAGCCGUCGUGUGAAUCGAGAUGAGUAUAAUAGCGUUUACACAGGUGAUAGAGAAGCAUCUGGUCUCUGUAAUCCUCAUCUUUCCCACAAUUAAAUUCAUUAUUAUGGAUGUUAAUUUAUGGAAUGCUGGUUAACUUAAA